CGCGACGCCUGCCUUUCCCAGCCCCAAGCUAGCAACCAACGUUUGACUUCUUCUUUCGACCGACGACGGGCGAGGAUGGUUUUGCCUGCCUCGACGACGACAUAACCACAUCACCGCUCCCCACGACCGCAACCGUCCCCGUCGCGAUGAUGGCGUCUGGCGAGGUCGACAUCCCCCGUCGCGACCGCGACCGCGGCGCCCAGCGCGAUGGCGACUCCUAUCGCCCCUCCAAGGCCGCGCGCUCGCGAUCGCCUCCUCCCGCGCCCGUCCCCGUCCGCACCGAGGAGGAGAAGCAGGCCGCCGCAAAGGCCGAGUAUGAGAAGUUGCUCACCAUGCGAUCCGGCGGCACCUACAUCCCGCCCGCCCGUCUGCGCGCCCUCCAGGCCCAGAUCACCGACAAGACGAGCAAGGAGUACCAGCGCAUGGCGUGGGAGGCGCUCAAGAAGAGUAUCAACGGUCUCAUCAACAAGGUCAACACGGCGAAUAUCAAAUACAUUGUGCCCGAGCUGUUUGGAGAGAACCUCGUCCGUGGCCGCGGCCUCUUCUGCCGCUCCAUCAUGAAGGCCCAGGCCGCUAGUUUGCCCUUCACUCCCAUCUACGCCGCCAUGGCCGCCAUUGUCAACACCAAAUUGCCCCAGGUCGGCGAGCUGCUGGUCAAGCGCAUUGUUAUGCAGUUCCGCAAGGGUUUCAAGCGCAACGACAAGGCCGUCUGCCUCUCCUCGACCACCUUCCUUGCUCACCUCAUCAACCAACAAGUGCAGUACGAGAUGCUGGCCGGCCAGAUCCUGCUCCUACUGUUGCACAAGCCGACCGACGACAGCGUUGAGAUUGCGGUUGGAUUCUGUCGCGAAGUCGGACAGUACCUGGAGGAGAUGCAGCCGUCCAUCUCCAUGGCUGUCUUCGACCAGUUCCGGAACAUCCUCCACGAGGCCGACAUCGACAAGCGAACCCAGUACAUGAUCGAGGUGCUAUUCCAAGUGCGCAAGGACAAGUUCAAGGACAACCCGGCCGUCAAGGAGGAGCUGGACCUUGUUGAGGAGGAGGAUCAGAUCACCCACCGAGUGGAACUAGACGGAGAAGUGGAUGUGCAGGAUGGCUUGAACAUCUUCAAGUUCGAUGCCGAGUGGGAGGAGCACGAGGAUGCAUACAAGAAGCUCAAGGCCGAAAUUCUUGGCGAGGGCAGUGACUACGACGAUGACGACGACGAUGAAGACGAGAGCUCCGAUGAGGAAGAGGAGGAUCAGGAGACCAAGGCGAUGGAGAUCAAGGACCGGUCUAACGCCGAUCUGGUCAACCUGCGGAGAACCAUCUACCUCACCAUCAUGUCUAGUGCCGACCCCGAAGAAGCUGUUCACAAGCUCAUGAAGAUCAAUCUCCCCGCGGGUCAGGAGUCAGAGCUGCCAUCCAUGGUUGUCGAGUGCUGUUCCCAGGAGAAGACAUACACCAAGUUCUUCGGCCUGAUAGGCGAGCGCUUCUCCAAGAUCAACCGCUUGUGGUGCGACCUGUUUGAGCAGGCUUUUGUCAAGUACUACGAGACUAUCCACCGCUACGAGAACAACAAGCUGCGCAACAUCGCCAUGCUGUUCGGUCACAUGUUCGCCUCGGAUGCCCUGGGCUGGCACUGUCUCUCUGUCAUCCAUCUCAAUGAGGACGAGACCACGUCGAGCAGCCGUAUCUUCAUCAAGAUUUUGUUCCAGAACAUUGCUGAGGAGACUGGCAUGGCCAAGCUCAGGACACGACUAUCGGAUGAGACGCUGCGGGCUAGCCUCGAAGGCCUGUUCCCCAAGGACAGCGCACGCAAUAUCAGAUUCUCCAUCAACUACUUCACAAGUAUUGGUAUGGGCGCCCUUACUGAAGAGAUGCGAGAGUUCCUUCAGAACAUGCCCAAGCCAGCGCUACCCGCGCCGCCUGCCGCCGAUUCGGAUUCUGAUUCCGUGUCGAGUUACUCUUCCUACACCGGGUCUUCGUACUCGCGGUCACGAUCACGGUCGCCUCGCAGGGUUGAGGGUGAACGAGGUCGCUCACUAUCACGAACUCCAUCCCGAAGAGGACGGGCGCGUUCUUACAGUUCAUCGCGAUCGAGGUCGAGGUCGCACUCUAGAUCUCCCCCGGCACGCGGACGUCAGAGCUCGUACUCGGCCAGUCCUCAACGAAGACGCCCAGGCAGUGUUAGCCGUUCGAGGUCUCCAGCACCUCGGGGUGGACGCGGCCGGGCUCGCAGUGGCUCAUACUCGUCUCAGAGUCGGUCACGAACCCCUCCCGCCCGACGAGCCCGCGCUCGGAGCGGUUCUUACGCUUCCCAAAGCCGGUCACCCUCGCCCGCUCCUCGAAACAAGCGCGCGCGGUCACGAAGCGGCUCGUAUGGCUCCCGAAGCCGAUCUCCCUCUCCCGCAAGAGGACGGGACAAGCCCCCAGCUGGUCCUCCUCAACGUGGACGACCUACUGGAAAGCCUGGCCCCGGGGCGUACCGCCGAAACAGCUCCUCGGUCAGCAGUGGGCCACGAAACAAGCCCAAGCAGCGCAGUCGGUCAGCCUCAUAUGAUUCGCGAUCCCCUCCACCUGCCCGAAAUGGUGGGCGGCGAGGUUCAUACUCGCGAUCGCCGAGCCCGCCCAAGCGCGGAGAGAACAGGAGGGAGCUGAGCUCGGUACCAGCAAAGAGGAGACGGUACAGCGAUAGCUUAUCGAGGUCACCGCCACCGGUAAAGCGAGGACGACGGGAAAGCUGAAGGAUGUAAGAGUGACGGCACAAAGAGAAUGGUUCAAAGAUGGGUUAGGACGGGAUUGGAAGGAUGAUGCUUACAUCUAGAUUGGUUCCGUGGGCGACUGGCGGGAGUUUGUAAUACCAGCGAGGACUUGCCAAAAAUCGAAAGUUGUUGGCCCACUUAUUUUAUUUGAAAGAUUGUGAUGUCUACUUGUUGCGGUUAAGGGUCAGCGAGGAGUGGCAUUAAUUCAAUUUUGAAUAUACAUCGCUUUCAUCCCAACCAUUUGUCGCCCUCAGCCCUCGAGACAGCAUGUAGCUUAAGCUGGGGUAACGGCAGGACGCUAUUGCAAUGUCGUUCAAGUAAUGUUUCUAAAGUUACCUUGCUGUUUCCGAAAUCAGCAUGGUGCGACUCUUGUGGAUAUUUACAUGCAGA